UUAAAGAUGACCUCCGUUUUUGCACAAGAAAUUCGCCUUUCUAAAAAACAUGAAGAAAUAGUAUCACAAAGAUUAAUGUUACUUCAACAAAUGGAGAAUAAAUUUGGAGUUCAAAACACAGAAAAGGCAUCUCAGAUUCAAGCAGAGGAAGCUGCUUAUAAAAGGAACCGUAAUCUUCUAAAUGAUCUAGAAGCAGCAGAAAAGUCUUUUCAGACCAGGAUGCACUCACGUCCACGGCCUGAAGUAGUUUCUCUUGAGGUUCAUUACUGGGCAUCAGUAGAAGAAUAUCUUCCCAAAUGGAGACAGUUUCUUUUAGGAAGAGCACUAUAUCCUAUUGGUGUUGAGAAUGAAAAUGAAGCAGAAAAUGUCACUCAAAACGAGGAACAGCGAUAA